GAAAAGGCCGCUGGGCUAGGUCUCUGCUGUGGCCCCCUGAGCCCUACAAGAUGUUUCACGGGAUCCCAGCCACUCCAGGCAUGGGAGCCCCUGGAAACAAGCCGGAGCUAUAUGAGGAGGUGAAGCUGUACAAGAACGCCCGGGAACGGGAGAAGUAUGACAACAUGGCGGAGCUGUUUGCGGUUGUGAAGACAAUGCAGGCUCUGGAGAAGGCAUACAUCAAGGACUGCGUCACCCCCAACGAGUACACUGCAGCCUGUUCUCGGCUCCUGGUCCAGUACAAAGCCGCCUUCCGGCAGGUUCAGGGCGCAGAAAUCAGCUCCAUUGAUGAAUUCUGCCGCAAGUUCCGUCUGGACUGCCCACUCGCCAUGGAGAGGAUCAAAGAGGACCGUCCUAUCACCAUCAAAGAUGACAAGGGCAACCUGAACCGCUGCAUUGCAGACGUGGUCUCGCUCUUCAUCACGGUUAUGGACAAACUGCGCCUGGAGAUCCGUGCCAUGGAUGAGAUCCAGCCUGAUCUGCGGGAGCUGAUGGAGACCAUGCACCGCAUGAGCCACCUGCCCCCCGACUUCGAGGGCCGCCAGACCGUCAGCCAGUGGCUGCAGACCCUGAGCGGCAUGUCGGCCUCUGAUGAGCUAGAUGACUCCCAGGUGCGCCAGAUGCUCUUUGACCUGGAGUCGGCCUACAACGCCUUCAACCGCUUCCUGCACGCCUGAGGCCCCCUGUCCCCGGGGUCUGGGGAGGAAGGCUCUCCGGUGGGCCCGGUGGAGGGGCUGCAGCUGCGCUCCACGCUCGACCCCUGGGCGGUCUGCAUGCGCCUUGCCGUUCAUAGCAGCUCCUCCGUCUGUGUGUCCGUCCACCCCAGAGCUCUCUCCCUGCCCUCCCCACAAUAAAGAUGCUUUCUCACCCCCCAUGCCUGCUGUGGCUGCCCUCCCCCAGCCGGGCCUGCCCUGCCUUUUUGUCUUCCCUCUGGGCCCCGGGUGGGAUCCUGCCUCGCUGGAGCACAGAGGCUCUGAACGUGCGGCCCGUUCCUCAGGAAAGGGUCUGACGCCAGCUUCCCUGGGUGAUUGGGAGCAGGGGCCAGGUAAGGCUUGAAUCUGACCACAGAGGAGGCUGCCUUUCACAUCCGCUUCCCCACCCUUCACCUGAGAGCUCUAAGCAGCUGGGGGGCCGGAACACUGCUGUGCUGCCCCCGGUACCUCUCCCUGCCCUGGGGGACGCCACAGGCCAGCGCAGGGCCUUGUCCUUGUAGUGGUUCACCGGGGCCCCAGUAGAUGACUCACGGGACAGACAGUUUGUCCUGCCCACCACAGAGGGUGUCCCUUGCUCGGGAGCAAGGUCAGGUGGGGGAAGCAACGGUCCUCGGGUGGGGACACGGGUGUUCACGGGCCGAUGCUGGCUCAGUUACCAGUGUUUACUGCACCUGCUGCGAGGCCAGGGGCUGUCAACCCUGCAGAAGCCCUGGCCCCCGGCGUCACAGCCACCUCCUCACAGGCAGCUGGCAGCAAGCCACAGACCAAGGCUCUGGAUCCCGGGGUGCAUCGGGUCACGUUUUGGCAACUACGGCACUGGGAUGAGGGACAGGCUAGAGCUUAAUUGUAGCAUUCCUUUUUCCUAGUAGUACUUCUGGAUGUCUGUAGCAUUAAAGGCAAUCAAGUAA